ACAAAAUNAAAAAAAACUCAUAUAAAUUCUGCAACAUUACAAAAUAUUCUGGUAAACGUAUACAAACACUAGUAUUUAUUUUAUUUUAAAUUUAAAAUCGAAUGACAAUGAAUGAUGUACAUUUUACUGGUGCUGUCAAUGACGAUUUCGAGAUUAUGCUCGCUGAGGAAGACGUGUACUCAGGUAGGGGUAGCGGAUUCACGCUAGCGCAUAUCGACGGACUCAUGCUCAGCGUAUACAAGUAUACGCCCCUCGCCGGCUCAUCAUAUAUUCCGGUCCCACUCGAAAUUUUCCAUAGAAAGGCAAUAAUCAACCCACAAAACAUCAAUCAGUCCUGUUUCAUUUUGGCGAGACACGUUGGGGUUAAUAAUAAUACGCGUGUUAAUCAAAAAUAUUUUAACGAGGAACACAGGUAUGAUUUCACAGGAUUGACGUUCCCCACACUGUGUCCCAAAUUAAAAUAUUUGAACUGCUUAACCCAAACGAGUCCGUCAACGUGUACGGCUUGAAACGGGACGACGUUAAGAUGAAGUGGUCAGUGUAUCCGCUAAGAGUCGCUGACCAAGAACAACAAAAUCAUUUUGACCUGUUGUACAUCGGUGACUCUGACAAGUAUCGACUGGUAAUACGGGACUUAUAUAUGAAGUGGACGUAUCGUAUCCAGAAGAGCUGCAUGACGAGCACAACGACUUACCGUUCUUGCCUGGCAACGAUGUACCAAAGAAACCAAACUCAUGGCCACUUUGAAACCCAAACAAUGGUACGUCGAACACUAUGUCAACUUGAAACAGGCGAUCGCACACGGACUGCAAGUCGAUAAAGUAUAUAUACUUUUAGCUAUUAGCUAUGAUAUUAAUAUACUUGUCACACAGGUGCACCGCGUUUUAGAGUUUCAACAAAGUGCUUGGUUGAAACCGUAUAUUGAGUUGAACACUGAAAUGCGGAAACAAGCGGGAAAUGCUUUUGAAAUAGCGUUAUUCAAAUUAAUGAAUAAUGCCGUCUUUGGAAAAACCAUGGAGAACAUACGGAAGCGUACCCGCAUUGAGCUAAUCUCCAGUUCCAAACGUCUAAGCAAACUCGUAAACCAACCAACCUUCAACGACUGUAUCAAAUACGGCGAAAGCUUGUGCGCCGUCAUAAUGGACACAAAGAUUGUCAAGUUUAUCAAACCAAUAUACGUCGGUUUAGCAGUGCUUGACAUUAGCAAGUCGCUAAUGUACAAGUACUUCUACGACGUAUUAAAACCUUAUUAUGGCGACGCAAUUAGCCUGGUUUACAUGGAUACUGGCGAACUCCUUCAUAUACCUCAGUCAGCGACUUCUACCAGGAUUUAGCCGACAGCCCCGAUUUACUGGUGUACGUGGACGCAUCUAGCCUGCCCAAGGAUCACCCUUGUUACUCGACCUCGAGGAAGAAGACGCCUGGUCUGUUUUCAGACGAGACCGGCGGCCUCACCCUCUUUGAGAUCGCUGCACUUCGUUCAAAGUGCUAUGCAUUUGACAUGGAAGGCAGCGAAUUCAUCAAGUCUAAGGGGAUCCGCGGACAUGUCGUCCGGAACCAUCUGUCUUUGGACGAUUACAAACGAUGUUUGUUUGAAGACGAUAACGAUGGCGACGAAAUUUGAUCAACAUUAGUUUUUAUAAUAGUAAUAAGAUUGUAUAAUUCUUUAAAUAUCCAUAUUGACAAAUGUAAAAUAUAUUGUAUGCUAAACCGUGUAAUUGAAUUUAUGAUAAGGUUUUUUGUAAAUAUAAGUGUU